AUGGCAGAGUCGAAGCUGUUUACGGUCCGGCCGACCUCGAAACAAGCCCGCGCCGAUCACAGAGAUACAUUCCGUGUCUAUCUCUCGCCGGCGUCCCUGCUGCAGGUCAAAUUGCGAGUAGGCGAGCUCUGCCAGCUAGAGACUUAUAGCAUUGCCGGCAAUGGCCAUAGUGGUGGUGCUGUUGAUAGUGCUGCUGCUGCUGGUGGUAGCAAAGUCAAGACAGCUAUAGCAUGGACGGCCGCAGAAAAGAUACACGACAACAUCAUCCAGACAUCCAAGCCGAUGCAGGAGCUGUACGGCCUUAGGCUGGGUGAUAAGGUCUCCGUCUCGCCAGCGUCAGAUCCUCUGGCUGAUAUUGAGGCCGUCCGACUUGAGGAAGUGAAGCGUAACCCUACUGGUGCAUCGCAAGCAGCAUCGCCAGCAGCCACGGAGCUGGCAGCAGAAGAGCGUUCCCACUGGGAAUGGGCGCUCGAAUACCCCCUGUCAAAAUGUGAGGUCGUCUCCCUUGGUCUGGCGUUUGACAUUGAACUCAAGGGCGUCUCCAGGCGCUUCAAGGUGGUCCAUAUUGACGCUGGAAGCAGUAGCGGCGGCGGCACUUUCAACACCGUCUUCAAGUAUACCGAGCACUCAAAAGUGGUCAUUGGCAAGGCAGACGAGGCCUCCGGGGAUGCAGAUUCAGCUUCUACAGACCGUCUAGAGGUUACGGCGGAUGGGCUCGGUGGCCUUGCACCUCAGCUGGCGAUGGUCAAUGAACGGCUGCAAGACUUUAAUACCCAAGAACAGUCGAUUACCAUGCCUUCAUUCUACAAGAGCAGUGGGGGGAUUCUCAUCUACGGGCCCAAAGGGACAGGGAAAAGCGCUCUGCUGGCAAAGAUAGGAGACACAAACUGGCGCAGGACCUUUGCCAUCACAUCUUCGAUCACCAGUAGAGCGGCAGGAGAUAGUGCUGCGGUUCUGCGCAAGAUAUUCUCAGAUGCGCUUAAGUAUCAGCCUUCGCUUAUCAAGAUUGACCAACUCGAGUUUAUAGCCCCCAAGCGUUCUUCAACAGGGCCAAACGACGCUUCUCUUUCUCCUGCGCUUUGUGAAGGACUAGACUCUCUCCAGGAUAGCAGGGUGUUGGUUGUCGCAUGCACAAGGCACCCAAAUGAUGUAGAUGAUAGCCUACGCACACCUCACCGGCUCGGGAUCGAGGUUGAACUGCAGAUUCCAACUUCAAAGAGCAGACUGGAGAUCCUACAAGCUCUUCGCGGGUCAGCACCACAGCCCACUGAUAGGAUAUUGGGCAGUCUUGCUGCAAAAACCCAUGGCUACGUUGGUGCGGACCUUCUUUCAUUGCUUCAGCUAUCCUGUAGAAAGGCAAAGGCCCGUAUGCUAGCAGCUACACCUUCCGUUGAAAACAGUAUUUCAUCUAGACAUUAUGAUGAGAAGGAUGGGGAAUACAUCAAAAGCGACUUGGGUCUGUCGAACGACAAACCAGGGCCCUUGGAGAUUUGCGAGCAAGAUAUGAUCCUGGCUAUGAAAGAGGCCCGGCCAACAGCAAUGAGAGAAGUGUUCUUGGAAACUCCAUCCAUAAGGUGGUCGGACAUUGGUGGCCAGCGUUACAUCAAGAGUCGUCUACAGAAGGCUGUCGAGAGACCCCUCAAGAAACCUGAGCGGAUGAAGAAUCUCAAUAUCAGUGGGAAAAAGGGCAUACUGCUUUAUGGCCCCCCUGGCUGCUCAAAGACAAUGAUGGUCAAAGCCCUUGCUACGGAGGCUGGAUUGAACUUCCUAGCCGUCAAGGGAGCUGAAAUGCUGAGCAUGUACGUCGGGGAAUCCGAAAGAGCAAUGCGCGAGAUCUUCCGCAAGGCACGAGCCGCAAGCCCAAGCAUCAUCUUCUUCGACGAGAUAGACGCCAUUGCAGCUCGAAGAGAUGCCGGCUCUCACGGCGGGAUAAACAUCCUGACCACUCUGCUAAAUGAAAUGGACGGCAUCGAGGAACUGAAAAACGUCCUCGUUGUAGCUGCUACGAACAAGCCCGAGAUCCUCGAUCCCGCACUCAUGCGGCCGGGAAGACUGGACAACAUACUAUACAUUGGGCUUCCGGACAUGGAAGCUCGCAAGGAGAUAUUCGAGAACUGGAUCAGCCGCUCGGAUGUCAGCGACCAUGUGGACGCCAUCGUCCUGGCCUCUCUGACUGACGGUCACUCUGGUGCGGAGCUGGUCAAUAUCUGCGAAACUGCCGCCGAACUGUGUCUGGACGAUGAAGAAGCCAGGGAACUGCCUGACCUACCAAUCCAGCUUGAACACUUCCAAGCUUCGCUCUCCAUGGUCCCAAAACGGACCCAGCCUGAAGUCAUUCAAGCGUACGAGGAAUGGAGCAGGAGUUUUGGCAACAACCAGCAGAUAACGAUCUUAUGA